UCGUCUCUUAUACCACAAUUCAGUCUAGAUUGUGCUAUCGUCCAUUUCGUUCGAACCAUUUGUAUUCCAUUUUCGAGUUAAAUUGAUAAGUUUUAUAAUGUCAGUGCCAUCAGUAAAACUAUCAAACGGUUUCAGUAUUCCGAUUGUCGGGUUGGGAACGUGGCAAUCACCUCCUGGUGAAGUAGAUCGUGCGGUCAGAGAUGCCAUUGAUGCCGGCUAUCGUCACCUAGAUUGUGCAUUUGGAUACGGUAACGAAAAUGAAGUUGGAAAUGCUAUUCAAGCGAAAAUCGCUGAAGGUGUUGUCAAGCGUGAAGAUUUAUUUAUCACUUCGAAAUUGUGGAACACUUAUCACGAACCCCAGCAUGUACGAUUGUGUGUGGAACAGUCGUUGAAGAAUCUGAAAGUGGACUAUCUCGACCUCUAUUUGAUUCAUUGGCCGCACAGUUUUAAGUAUUCAGGUGCUGAAAAUUUCCCCAAGAAUGCUGACGGUAGCAUGAUUUAUGAUUACACCGAUUAUUUGGAUACGUGGGGUGCGCUGGAAGUGCUUGUCGAUGAAGGCUUAAUUCGUUCGAUCGGAAUUUCAAACUUUAAUUCAGAGCAACUGGAUCGCGUUUACAACAACUCUCGCAUAAAGCCAGUUAUGAAUCAGGUCGAAUGCCAUCCCUACCUCAAUCAAAGCCGCUUGAUUGAACACUGCCGAGCAAAGAAUGUUGCAGUUACAGGCUAUUCACCGUUAGGUUCUCCAAAUCGUCCCUGGGCACAACCGGGCGAUCCACAACUGAUGGAAGAUCCAAAAAUUGUUGCCAUCGCAACCAAAUACAACCGAUCACCUGCCCAAAUUCUAAUCAGAUACCAGAUUCAACGCGGUGUUGUGGUUAUACCAAAAUCGACGACAAAGAACCGUAUUGUCAGCAACUUUGAUGUAUUCGGAUUCGAGCUAUCGGAGGAAGAUGUUCAAACAAUUAAUGGAUUCGAUUGCAAUGGUCGUUUGGUUCCGCUUCUGAGAGACGAAGCUCAUCCUUACUAUCCGUUCAAAAUACCUUUUUAAAAUGGAAAUGAAUGGGAAUGUUAUAAGAGUUUAAUAAACAGGCGGUUUACUUUUG